AGCGGAGCCGCUGCCGCGGGAACCCAGUUUCCGAGGAACUUUUCGCGGGCGCCGGACCUCCUGCGAGGCCAGGGCAGGACACGAACGCGUGGAGCGGCGGCGGAAGCUGCGAGCCGGGACCGGCGGCAGUCCCUCAGAAGGGCCGUGCGCGGCGGCGGGCCCGGCGGGCCUCCCGGAGGAGGCGGCUGCGCCAUGGACGAGCUGCCCUUCAGCGAGGCGGUUUUGGAGCAGGCGUUGAGCGAGCCGUGCGAUCUGGACGCGGCGCUGCUGACCGACAUCGAAGGUGAAGUCGGCGCGGGGAGGGGUAAGGCCAGCCGCCUGGACGCCCCAAGGGCGGGUGCGGAUCGCGGAGCCAUGGAGUGCACGUUCGAAGACAUGCUUCAGCUUAUCAACAACCAAGACAGUGACUUCCCUGGCCUGUUUGACCCACCCUAUGCUGGGGGUGAGGCAGGGAGUACGGACCCUGCCAGCCCCGAUCCCAGCUCCCCAGCCAGCUUGUCUCCACCUCCUGCUACACUGAGCUCCUCCCUCGAAGGCUUCCUGAGUGGGCCGGAGGCAGCACCCUCGCCCCUGUCCCCUCCCCAGCCUGCACCUGCUCCAUUGAAGAUGUACCCGCCUGUGCCCACUUUCUCCCCUGGGCCUGGUAUCAAGGAAGAGUCAGUGCCACUGAGCAUCCUGCAGCCCCCCACCCCACAGCCCCUGCCCGGGGCCCUCCUGCCGCAGAGCUUCCCAGCCCUGGCCCCUCCGCAGUUCAGCUCCACCCCUGUGUUGGGCUACCCCAGCCCUGCCGGCAGCUUCUCCAAAGGGAGCCCUCCCGGGAGCACCCAGCAGCCGCUGCCUGGCCUGCCACUGGCUUCCCCGCCAGGAGUUCCGCCCGUCUCCUUGCACACCCAGGUCCAGAGUGCAGCCCCCCAGCAGCUACUGACAGUCACAGCUGCCCCCACGGCAGCCCCUGCAACGACCACUGUGACCUCGCAGAUCCAGCAGGUUCCGGUCCUGCUGCAGCCCCACUUCAUCAAGGCAGACUCACUGCUUCUGACAACCAUGAAGACAGAUGGAGCCACUGUGAAGGCGGCGGGUCUCGGCCCCCUGGUCUCUGGUGCCACUGUACAGACAGGGCCUUUGCCGACUCUGGUGAGUGGCGGAACCAUCUUGGCAACAGUGCCGCUGGUCGUAGAUGCGGACAAGCUGCCCAUCAACCGGCUGGCAGCUGGCAGCAAGGCCCCGGGCUCAGCCCAGAGCCGUGGAGAGAAGCGCACAGCCCACAAUGCCAUUGAGAAGCGCUACCGCUCCUCCAUCAAUGACAAAAUCAUCGAGCUCAAGGACCUGGUGGUGGGCACUGAGGCAAAGCUGAAUAAAUCUGCUGUCUUGCGCAAGGCCAUCGACUACAUCCGCUUUCUACAACACAGCAACCAGAAACUCAAGCAGGAGAACCUGAGUCUGCGCACUGCUGUCCACAAAAGCAAAUCUCUGAAGGACCUGGUGUUGGCCUGUGGCGGUGGAGGGAGCACAGAUGUGCUCAUGGAGGGUGUGAAGACGGAGGUGGAGGACACACUGACCCCACCCCCCUCAGAUGCCGGCUCACCCUUCCAGAGCAGCCCCUUGUCCCUUGGCAGCAGGGGCAGCGGCAGCGGUGGCAGUGGCAGUGACUCGGAGCCUGACAGCCCCGUCUUUGAUGACAGCCAGCAGGCAAAGCCGGAGCAGCGGCCGACUGCACACAGUGGGGGCAUGCUGGACCGCUCCCGCCUCGCCCUGUGCACACUCGUCUUCCUCUGCCUGUCCUGCAACCCCUUGGCCUCCUUGCUGGGGGCCCGAGGGCUUCCCAGCCCCUCAGAAACCACCAGCAUCUACCACAUCCCUGGGCGCAACGUGCUGGGCACCGAGAGCCGAGAUGGCCCUGGUUGGGCCCAGUGGCUGCUGCCCCCCGUGGUCUGGCUGCUCAAUGGGCUGCUGGUGCUGGUCUCCUUGGUGCUUCUCUUUGUCUACGGAGAGCCAGUCACGCGGCCCCACUCAGACCCCGCUGUGCACUUCUGGAGGCAUCGCAAGCAGGCCGACCUGGACCUGGCCCGGGUAAGGGGGUGGCCCUGGCAGAGUGGGCAGGGCCCCAGGCUGAGAAGGUGCUGCGUGUCAGCCUGUUCCCUGCUCCCUGUGCACACCAUGAAGAUCCUGGCCUUCCCGUGCAUCUGCAGACCCCCACUGACCCUCCAGAGCCUGCUGUGUACAGCUCUUCUGAGCUGUGGGGCAGCUGCUCUGAACUCACUUUCUCACCUGGAAAUCACUCAUCUGCAGGGGGACUUUGCCCAGGCUGCCCAACAGUUGUGGCUGGCCCUGCGGGCGCUGGGCCGGCCCCUGCCCACCUCCCACCUGGACCUGGCAUGUAGCCUCCUCUGGAACCUCAUCCGUCACCUGCUGCAGCGUCUCUGGGUGGGCCGCUGGCUGGCAGGCCGAGCAGGGGGCCUGCAGAGGGACUGCUCUCUGCGGGUGGAUGCUCGUGCCAGUGCCCGAGAUGCGGCCCUGGUCUACCAUAAGCUGCACCAGCUGCACACCAUGGGGAAGUACACAGGUGGGCAUCUCACUGCCACCAACCUGGCGCUGAGUGCCCUGAACCUGGCAGAGUGUGCAGGGGAUGCCGUGUCUGUGGUGACGCUGGCCGAGAUCUAUGUGGUAGCUGCAUUGAGAGUGAAGACCAGUCUUCCGAGGGCCUUGCAUUUUCUGACACGUUUCUUCCUGAGCAGCGCUCGCCAGGUCUGCCUGGCACAGAGUGGCUCAGUGCCCCUUGCCAUGCAGUGGCUCUGCCACCCAGUGGGCCAUCGUUUCUUCGUGGAUGGGGACUGGGCCGUGCUCAGCACCCCACGGGAGAGCCUGUACAGCUUGGCUGGGAACCCAGUGGACCCCCUGGCCCAGGUGACUCAGCUAUUCCGGGAACAUCUCUUGGAGCGAGCACUGAACUGUGUGGCCCAGCCCAACCCCAGUCCUGGGUCAGCUGAUGGGGACAAGGAAUUCUCGGAUGCCCUCGGGUACCUGCAGCUGUUGAACAGCUGUUCUGAUGCCGCUGGAGCUCCCACCUGCAGCUUCUCCAUCAGUUCCAGCAUGGCCACCACCACUGGGGUAGACCCGGUGGCCAAGUGGUGGGCCUCUCUGACAGCCGUGGUGAUCCACUGGCUGCGGCGGGACGAGGAGGCGGCUGAGCAGCUGUGCCCGCUGGUGGAGCACCUGCCCCGGGUGCUGCAGGAGUCUGAGAGACCCCUGCCCAGGGCGGCUCUGCACUCAUUCAAGGCUGCCCGGGCCCUCCUGGGCUGUGCCAAGGCAGAGUCUGGCCCAGCCAGCCUGACCAUCUGUGAGAAGGCCAGUGGGUACCUUCAGGACAGCCUGGCUACCACACCAGCCGGCAGCUCCCUUGACAAGGCCGUGCAGCUGUUCCUGUGUGACCUACUCCUCGUGGUGCGUACCAGCCUGUGGCACCAGCAGCAGCCCCCGGCCCCGGCCCCAGCAGGCCAGGGUGCCAGCAGCGGGCCCCAGGCUUCCGCGCUUGAGCUCCGUGGUUUCCAGCGGGACCUGAGCAGCUUGAGGCGGCUGGCACAGAGCUUCCGGCCUGCCAUGCGGAGGGUGUUCCUACAUGAAGCCACGGCCCGGCUGAUGGCGGGGGCCAGCCCCGCACGAACACACCAGCUCCUGGACCGCAGUCUGAGGCGGCGGGCAGGCCCUGGCGGCAAAGGAGGCGUGGCGACGGAGCUGGAGCCGCGGCCCACGCGGCGGGAGCACGCGGAGGCCUUGCUGCUGGCCUCCUGCUACCUGCCCCCCGGCUUCCUGUCGGCGCCCGGGCAGCGCAUUGGCAUGCUGGCUGAGGCGGCGCGAACGCUUGAGAAGCUCGGCGAUCGCCGGCUGCUGCACGACUGUCAGCAGAUGCUCAUGCGCCUGGGUGGUGGGACCACUGUCACUUACAGCUAGACCCCGCGGUGUUCUCAGCCUCAGCGCCCCUGCCUCCAGCCACCCGGGUUCCGUGCGGCUUCUGUCCUGCGUCGGAGCGCUGAAAGCCGAAGGCAGCGCCAGAGAUCCUGGCCUCCAGGGUUCACCCGCGGCUGCACUGUCCCUUCCGCGUGGAAGGCCUGAGGGGCGCAACUACGACUCGAAGAGCGGCUGCCAUGACAGUGCUGACCUCUGGUGGCCAAUCUGGGCACUGCAGGGGCUGAGCCGUUAGCGGGGGAGGGGGCCCUCCUUGCUCUGCAGGCACCUUAGUGGCUUUUUUCCUUGUCUAGAGGGAAGAGAGGUGUACACCUCCCUGCGCUGACGGAAGCCAACUUGGCUUUCCCGGACUGCGAGUGGGGCUCGGCCCCGGACGCCUCUCUCUCCCGCGUGGGAAGAUGUGUACAUAGUGUAGCGUGCCUGACCUGAGGCUCCUGUGCUACUCUGCCUUUUGCAAACUUUAUUUUCAUAGUUUGAGAAGUUUUGUACAGAUAAUUAAAAAUGAAAUUAUUUAUGA